AUGUCUUCAAAUAAAUAUAUAAUAAAUGUUAAAAAUGCUGAUAUGCCAGAUUUUAUGCAACAAGAUGCAACAGAAUGUACAAUUAAAGCUUUUGAAGAAACAAAUAUUGAAAGAGAUAUAGCUAUGAUUAUUAAAAAAGAAUUUGAUAAAAAGUAUUCACCAACAUGGCAUUGUAUAGUUGGAAAAAGUUUUGGUUCAUUUGUAACACACGAAACUAAAAAUUUUAUUUAUUUUAACAUUAAUAAACAUUCUGUACUUUUAUUUAAAGCAGGUUAA